AUGAGCGUCGUUGUCAGCUUGGUGCUGCUAGCGUCGGCCGACGCAUUCUUCCUGAAAUGGGGUUCAGAUUCCACAGCACAAUCAUCGCAGAAGGCGUGGGUGCAGCCGAUGGCGAACAUGCCGCCCGUCCAGUACCGGUACCAGUACGCGUACCCGUUCGAGUCGCGUAAGGUGUACCAGAUGCAGUCGCAGCAGUACCAGCCCGAGAUACCGCAGCAGAGCAUGGCGCCGAUACCGAUAAGCGUGCCGGCCGGCGCUAGUCUGACGCCGGUGUCGCUGCAACACGUGCAGCUGGUCCCCUGCAUGUGCCCCGUGGCGCCGGAGGAGGCGGAGAAGCUGCAAGAGCAGGUCGGCCCCGGCCCGUACCUAGCACAGAGCUACACCCAGAACUACCCCGCCCAGAUGGCCGCAGGGGACACCAAAACGACGUCCAAACAG